GAGGGCGUGGGGGGAGGGUCUCGCUCUCCCGACGCCCAGAGCCCGAGAGGGAAGACCCUGGCGGCGGCCGCCUGACACUCGGCGCCUCCUGCCGUGCUCGGGGGCGGCAUGUCCGAGGCUGGCGGGGCCGGGCCGGGCGGCUGCGGGCCGGGGGCCGGGCCCGGGGCGCUGCCCCCGCAGCCCCCCGCGCCGCCGCCGCCGCCGCCGCCGCCGCCGCCCGCGCCCCCGCAGGGCUUCUCCUGCGGUCCGGCGACGGCUGUGGCUGCGGCGGGCACGGCCGAAGGACCGGGAGGCGGUGGCUCGGCCCGGAUCGCCGUGAAGAAGGCGCAGCUGCGCUCGGCUCCGCGGGCCAAGAAACUGGAGAAACUCGGAGUGUACUCCGCUUGCAAGGCUGAGGAGUCCUGUAAAUGUAAUGGCUGGAAAAACCCCAACCCCUCUCCUACUCCCCCCAGAGCCGAUCUGCAGCAAAUAAUCGUCAGUCUAACGGAAUCCUGUCGGAGUUGUAGCCAUGCCCUAGCUGCUCAUGUUUCCCACCUGGAGAAUGUGUCAGAGGAAGAAAUGAACAGACUCCUGGGAAUAGUGUUGGAUGUGGAGUAUCUCUUUACUUGUGUCCACAAGGAGGAAGAUGCAGAUACCAAGCAAGUUUACUUCUACCUAUUUAAGCUCCUGAGAAAGUCUAUUUUACAAAGAGGAAAGCCUGUGGUUGAAGGCUCCUUGGAGAAGAAACCCCCAUUUGAAAAGCCUAGUAUUGAGCAGGGCGUGAAUAACUUUGUACAGUACAAAUUUAGUCACCUGCCAUCAAAAGAAAGGCAAACAAUAGUCGAGUUGGCCAAAAUGUUCCUAAACCGCAUCAACUAUUGGCAUCUGGAGGCACCAUCUCAACGAAGACUGCGCUCUCCCAAUGACGAUAUUUCUGGGUACAAAGAGAACUACACAAGGUGGCUGUGUUACUGCAAUGUGCCACAGUUCUGUGACAGUCUACCUCGGUAUGAAACCACCCAGGUGUUCGGGAGAACGUUGCUUCGCUCAGUCUUCACCGUUAUGAGGAGACAACUGCUGGAACAAGCAAGACAGGAAAAAGACAAACUGCCUCUUGAGAAACGAACUCUGAUCCUCACUCAUUUCCCAAAAUUUCUAUCCAUGUUAGAAGAAGAAGUUUAUAGUCAAAACUCUCCCAUCUGGGAUCAGGAUUUUCUCUCAGCCUCUUCCAGAAUCAGCCAACUAGGAAUCCAAACAGUUAUCAAUCCGCCUCCUGUGGCCAGGACAGUUUCCUACAAUUCAAAUUCAUCUUCCCUUGAGCAGCCGAAUGGAGGGAGUAGCAGUCCUGCCUGCAAAGCUGCUUCUGGGCUAGAGGCAAACCCAGGCGAAAAGAGGAAAAUGAAUGACUCUCAUGUUCUGGAGGAGGCCAAGAAACCCCGAGUCAUGGGGGAUAUUCCAAUGGAAUUAAUCCAUGAGGUGAUGUCCACCAUCACAGACCCUGCAGCAAUGCUUGGACCAGAGACCAAUUUUCUGUCAGCCCAUUCAGCAAGGGAUGAGGCAGCAAGGCUGGAAGAGCGCAGGGGUGUGAUUGAAUUUCACGUGGUUGGCAAUUCCCUGAACCAAAAGCCGAACAAGAGGAUCCUGAUGUGGCUGGUCGGCCUGCAGAAUGUGUUCUCCCAUCAGCUGCCCCGAAUGCCAAAAGAGUAUAUCACGCGGCUCGUCUUUGACCCGAAACACAAAACCCUCGCUUUAAUUAAAGAUGGCCGUGUUAUUGGUGGUAUAUGUUUCCGUAUGUUCCCAUCCCAAGGAUUCACAGAGAUUGUUUUCUGUGCUGUAACUUCAAAUGAACAAGUCAAGGGCUAUGGAACACAUCUGAUGAAUCAUUUGAAAGAAUAUCAUAUAAAACAUGACAUCCUGAACUUUCUCACAUAUGCAGAUGAAUAUGCAAUUGGAUACUUUAAGAAACAGGGUUUCUCCAAAGAAAUUAAAAUACCUAAAGCCAAAUAUGUUGGCUACAUUAAGGAUUAUGAAGGAGCCACUUUAAUGGGAUGUGAGCUAAAUCCUCGGAUCCCAUAUACAGAAUUUUCUGUGAUCAUUAAAAAGCAGAAAGAGAUAAUUAAAAAGCUGAUAGAAAGAAAACAGGCCCAGAUUCGGAAAGUUUACCCCGGACUUUCAUGUUUUAAAGAUGGAGUUCGACAAAUUCCUAUAGAAAGCAUUCCUGGAAUUAGAGAGACAGGCUGGAAACCAAGUGGAAAGGAGAAAAGUAAGGAGCCCAAAGACCCUGACCAGCUUUACAGCACGCUGAAGAGCAUCCUUCAGCAGGUGAAGAGCCAUCAAAGCGCUUGGCCCUUCAUGGAACCGGUGAAGAGAACGGAAGCUCCGGGAUAUUAUGAAGUUAUAAGGUUUCCCAUGGAUCUGAAAACCAUGAGUGAACGCCUCAAGAAUAGGUACUACGUAUCUAAGAAAUUAUUCAUGGCAGACUUACAACGAGUCUUUACCAAUUGCAAAGAAUACAACCCCCCUGAGAGUGAAUACUACAAAUGUGCCAAUAUCCUGGAGAAAUUCUUCUUCAGUAAAAUUAAGGAAGCUGGAUUAAUUGACAAGUGAUGUUCCCCCCCUGCUGCUUAGAGAUUCAUCAAGCAGUGUGCCUAAUGCAAGGUGGUUUAGUUGUACAAAGAAUUGGACAAAAUAUGUCGAAGAGACUUGUAAUAAUUAGCACUUUUGAAAAACAAACAAAAAACCUCCUUUUAGCUUUUCAGAUAUGUAUAUAAAUUGACAUAGAACAUUUUUAUUUUAUGGAAUAGAUUUUAAUCUAUUUAGUACUAUUAAUGUAAAUUUUCUAUGGCAUGUCCAUUAGACAACUAUUACAAGAUAAAUGGUCAGGGGUUUCCUCAAAACCUGUAUGUGAGGAAAUUGCACAUUGUCUCAAGAUUUGGGGGAUUCUAGAAAAUUUCAGACCAUGAAUGUUUCCAUGUUUUUCUAAUGGAAUGUGAGAAUUUAUUUUUAUUUUAUUCUGAAGGACUUUAAGGAAGGGAUACGUGAUUUUAAAAAACCCAUAAAAGGUGAAAUACAUUUGAAGUCUCAUUGUAGACUUCACAUAUAUAUUUUUAAAACACUCAUCUAAAUGAGGUGCUUUGAGCAGUUCUGAAAAAUGCAGCUCUACAAAAGCAACUGCUUUGAUUUCUAAGGAGGAAAUUUUAAAUAAUGCGACAUUUUAUAAGCAUCUGGAGUUUUGAUAAUUCUGUCUACCUACAACAAACUUGUGUGUUCAUAACCACUAUUUUAAUAAUUGUUUUCUCUACAUAAAUGUUUAAUAUAGUGUUUGACUUUGCUUAUGCAGGCCAUAAGUUCCAAAAGGUAAUUUCCCAGGCCACAAAGGCGUAAAUUUGAAAACACUUAAGAUUUAAUCCACAUAUUUUAAUAGGAAAAAAGUUUAUAGUUUACACAUAUAUCAAUAUGGUGAAUCCUUUUCUAAAAUAAGGAUUUAUUUAUUUGGUAUACACAACACCAUUUAUAAAGUAUACAUGAGGAUUUUUCAUUUUUCAUCUCCCGAUAUUGUUUGUUGUCAGUGGUGAAUUAAAUUCCAACCAAGGUUUUCUGUCAGUAUUUUAAUACCUAUAUUGCUAUAUAGGUCUAAGGUCAUAUCCCACUAAAAUCCAUUAUACAACCAACCUUAUUAACCUGUCUUCGAUUUAUUUCCUAAUUACACUACAAAGAAAAGUGGGACUUCUGCCAUCCCAAGUCUGGGAAAAUCAACUAAUAUACAACCAUAGAAAUGAAGGCCAUCCUGGUGGUCUUGACACUAAUUUUUAUGAUGCAAAUUUAUAAACUCGUUUUUGUAAAGGAUGGAAUUUUAAAAGUGUAUUUAUCUUGAUUUUUCUAUCAGCAUAAAUAAAUUAAAAUGAUCAGUAACAGUCAUUAAAAACCAUUGCCAGUGAUAGUCUGUGUGAAGGGAAAAACCCUGCAAAUGGCUAUUAAGUUGAAAGUGUUGUUUUUGAUACAAAUGAGAUAUUCAGAAUGCUCACAUGGAAAAAUGCCUCAUCUUUUUUAAGUAUAAGAAACUACCUUCAGUGGUGUCUAGAUUUCUAUGAAGAAUGAUGAUACAGCUUGGAUUAAGUUAUUUUGGACUGGUUUUAACAGUGCUUUGUAUCAGAUCUGCCAAAGCAUCUGUCCAGCUUGGUAUCCUGUGAAAGUUUGUUAUUUUCUUGGUAGACAUUCUUAUAGAGUAUUGUCUUUAAAAUGAGAUCGUCUCUUCUAUAUUGAAAGCAUUUUUAUGUUUUCUAAUUUAAAAAUUAAUAUUUUCUUAUAGAUAUUGUGCAAUAAAGCUGAAGUAGAAUGUGUGGUUUUGCAAAUGCUUUAACAGCUGAUAAAAUUUUACAUUUGUAAAAUUAAUAUAUUGUACUGGUACAAAAUAGUUUUAAAUUAUAUUUUAAAAAGCUCCCAGUCUGGUGGUGUGUUUUCUUCUUCUAGCCAACUGAGGUUAGAAGCACAAACAUGUGAUUUGGGAGAUGACUACUGACUGUAUACCCUUAAUCCUUAGCUCUUCAGCAUGUUGUUGAAGACAUUUAGAGUUGUAUUUGUGGGAAGCGUCAUAAAAAUCCACAGCUCAUCAGUGAGAGAUUUUCAAGAGGAAAGGUACUGAACUCUUGUCUUUUGAGUCAUCCACUAUGUCUUAUGAUCCAUCAAAGAAGAUUGUUAUUGGCUUACAAGUUAAAAGGUCUUUUACAGUAUUUUUACUUGGUAUCUGUGAAAUAGAUUAAAAAAAAAAAAACCAGCUAAUUUUUAAACAUCUCCCAUGUGAGCUUCCAACGUCACUCAAAAUGCUUCCUGUGGGAAAGAGUGUCCUGUCCCAUUGGAGGGUGAAAGACCCCCACAGAAAGGAUUGCUCUUCCCUCUUGAAAACUGAACCAACUAAGGAGUCGUAAACAUACUGUAAAAAUUGGGCAUAUUUUGGCCAAUUUAUCACCAGAAUUACUGAUAAAAUGAACAUUGGAGAAUGUGGCUUCCUUAUCCCUGUGGAAAAUGAGAAUGUGAUUGGCUCUCCAGUAACCAGCAGCUCUGCACCGUUGCCGACCUCCCUUCCUGGGGCAGGGUAAUCCCGUAGUAGUGCAGGUAAGAGAGAGGCAUUAUCAACCUAUGUCCAUAACAGCCUAUAAGUAUGCUACUACUCAAGUUACCAACUAAGUGAAGUGCCCUCCAGGGAGGAAUGAAUGAGGGCAGAAGAAAGCCAGAUAAUGGAUGGAAGUUCUGGAAUGGAGAAUCCAUCCCCAUCCUUAUAUCUGUAGUGAAGAAUCUCUCAAUAGGGGUGGGCAUUGUGGCACAGUGGGAUCAGCCACCGUUUGUGAUGUAGGCCUUGUAAAGGGGUGCUGGUUAGAGUUCAGACUUCUCCACUUCUGAUCCAGCUCUCUGCUAAUGUGCCUGGGAAAAAAGACAGCCCAAGUACUUGGGCCCCUGUCACCCAUGUGAGAGACCCAGACGGAGUUCUGUGCUCCUGGCUUCAGCCUGGACCAGCCCAGCCAUUGCAGCCAUUUGGGGAGUGAACUAGUGGAUGGAGGAUCUCCCUCUCCCUUACUCUCUUUCACUCACUCUGUCGCUCUCGCUCUCUGCAUAUUGCUCUGCCUUAAUAAAUCUUUCAAAAAAAUCUCUAUGUAAAUUAUUUUUAUUUAUUUGAGAGAGGGUAGUCUCCCAUCUACCAGUUUAUUCCUCAAAUGUCAACAACAGCUGACUAGAUUGGGCUGAACUAAAGCUGGGAGCCAAGAACCCAAUCCAGAGGCUAACACUGUGGCACAGUGGGUUAUACUGCCACCUGCAAUACCAGCAUCCUGUAUGGGCUCUGAUUUGAGUCUUGGCUGCUUCAUUUCCACUCCAGCUCCCUGCUAAUGUGCCUGGAAAGCAGUGGAAGAUGGCCCAAGUGCUUGAUUCCCUGUAUCUAUGUGGGAGACCUGUAUGAAGCUCCUGGUUUCUUUCUGGUCUACCCCUGGCCAUUGUGGCCAUUGUGGGAGUGAACCAGUGGAUAGAUGAUCUCCAUCUCUCCCUCUCUCUGUAACUCUGCCUUUCAAAAAAGUAAAAACAGGAACCAGCGCUGUGGCCUAGUAGGUUAAAUAUCUGGCUGUGGCACCAGCUUCUCAUAUAGGCACCACUUCGAGUCCCGGCUGCUCCACUCCCAAUUCAGCUUUCUGCUGACGGCCUGGGAAAGCAGUAGAAGAUGGCCAAGUGCUUGGGCCCCUGCUUCCAAGUGGGAGACCCAGAAGCUCUUAGCUCCUGGUUCCACAGUCUGGCCAUUGCAGCCAUUUGGGAAGUGAAGCAGCAGGUGAAAGACUUUGUAACUAUGCCUUUCAAGUAAAUAAAUAAAUCUUUAAAAUAAGCAAAAAAAAAAAAAAAUUUACCAUUCUAGGUCUCCCACUCAGGUGGCAGGAGCCCAACUAUUGAGCAUCACAGCCUUUUCUGGUUGAAAAAGGUGUGUGUGUGUGUGUGUGUGUGUGUGUGUGUAUAGGGAGUGUUGGGGGGGGGGGUGGAAAACUGGUGGCGGGGACUGACACCAGUGCCUCUAUUUGAAUCUGAAGGCUCUUGGGGUUAUUUACUUUCUCCUUUGGGUCCAUUGGUGCUACCAGUCUAAUUUAUAAUGAAGAUUGACAGGCAAAAACAGAAAUGUCUUAGGUAAAGAGAUGGAAAUGGAUUUAAAGAGGAAAAAAUAAAGAGCAAGUAGGUUUCCAAUAGGCCUGGAGGAAGACCUUCAAGAAAAUAACCAGAAGAUGCUAAAAGGAGGUAAGAGGACAGCUGUGUCAUGAAAAGUCCCCUUUACAGUAAUGUGUAUAUUUAUGCCUUGGUUUUCUUAUGAGAACACUGUGGAAAUAUGAAGCUAACAGUGACAAAGCUGGAGAUUUUCUUUGUAUUUAUUAAAAAUAAUUUAAAAAAAAAACAGAAAAGCGAAGAACACAGAACUCAAGCUUCCUAUUUACUCUUACUGGGAAGUUCAACA